UCAGCGAAUGAUAGGCGAUUUGUAUGGUAUCACGAAAUUAAAGUAUUCGGCAAUUUUUAAUUGAUGGAGCCUACGCAUGAUUGGCCGAUGACUCUUGCAAUCAUUCUUAUGAAAACAACUAAUAUUAGAGAUACACAUAGAGCCAACAAAAAAUCACACUAAUUAUAAAAUUGGACUGGACCAAACGUCAAUUGAUUUUUUUGUUGGCUAUUGCAAUUAACCCAAACAAAAACGACAUCGUUAAAAAUCCACAUCCAAACGCAAUCAAAUCCGCCAAUCAAUCAACGAAUCUGUUGCCUCAAAAAAAAAAAUCAGAUCUCUCGGUUGACUGCACCAAAACAGGCGUUGAGCCUGUACAGAGAACUGAGCCGAGUAUUUAUCUCUCCUCUGACCAUUACGAACAAGAUAAAAGUCGUGUUAAAGCUGUCGGAGUCGUAUGUGAGAUAGGAUAGAGUGUCAGUCUGCGAAAUGACGUGCCAACGCUCGAUCACGAUUGCGUUACUCCUCGUCGUCUGUUAUUGCUGCUGUGCUAACGCACAUCGCACGACUUCACCACCGAGAUUUUAUGAUGAUGAUGAAUCGUUUGCUACUACUGAGCAGAUCUAUGCCGAGGGCUGUCACGUGUGUGGGGAUUACAGGUGUCCUUCUGAUCCAAAGGAAUGCUUGCUAGGCUCGGUGCCUGACACUUGCGGCUGUUGUAGUAAUGGCGUAUGUGCAAGACUCGACGGCGAAUCGUGCUGGAACGCGAGCAUAUCGGAACUGCCGAAAGGACGACGGACAGAAGGUCUAUGCGCUAGGAAUUAUGUGUGUAAAUUAAGGGAUGAUCUGGAAUCCGAGGAUCAACCGGAAGCGAUUUGCGUGUGUAUGGAGCAAUCACUUGCCUGUGCUAGUAAUAAUCGCACUUAUCCAACGCCAUGCGCUUUACACGAAGAAGCGAUGCGUAAUAAAGAUUCAAAUCUACGGCUACAGCAUUUGGGACCAUGUCCUAGCCGGCCGAGUAUUUAUUCAGCACCAGAAGAUUUUAUUGCAGGGGAAGGACAACUCAUUGCUUUGAAUUGUGAAGUUAAAGGUUUUCCUCUACCUGAUGUAUUCUGGGAGUUUCAUGCUGCCGAUAACAAUAGGGUUUUACGACUACCAAAUGACGAAUGGGAAGACGGCGCUGUAAAUACGAGCGAGGAUCCAGAAUCCACGAUACGUUCUUCUUGGUUACAACUUGAACGUCUUGAUAAACGUCAUGCUGGGACUUAUCACUGUAUAGCGAACAAUUCAAUUGGCGAGGCCAGUGCUUUUUCGACUGUUUCGAUUGGUUAGAUUACUUUCAUUCGUACUUUUGGUUGUUACAAUCAAUUAUAAAAGUAGGAUGAUAGUUUUAUUUAUUUUUGCAGCAGUUUAAAUUUUACACUGUACGAAAAUAUAUAGUAUUAUCUUACAAUUUUUGAUAAAUUGUUGUUCGUUGUCACGU